GUCGCGCCUUUCUCUGCUUCUACGUCGCUGUGGCAACCUUCGCGACGAACGUGGGGGGCAGAAACCACACGACACCGCGGAUCGUCACGUUUUGGCCAAAGAUCCGGGCAUGGGUGUCUGCGAUGGGGAGGCACCUGUGCAGCUCUUGGACUUUGCCAAGGCCACAUUCGGCGAAAGCACACGCAUCUUCGCUGAUGCCGCACACUGGCACGGGUUUCUGCACCGCCUGGACGUGCCUUGCUCUGGCCUUGUCCUGCUGGCAACGACAUACGAGGCGUUCUACGAUCUGCAGCUGCAGCUCCACUCUGGGGACCUGGAGAGAGACUAC